AUGGCCUCGUCCAAGCCGCACUCGCGUACCAAUUCCCACUCCGUCGUCGUCGGCUCACUCAACGCGAACCACCGGGUCUCUCGCCGCAAGAGCAUGACCAACACCGCCACCAAUGUUGCCGCCGUGGCAGCUGCCUUCAAUGAGGCUGGAGACCGUGCCACGCCUCUUCCCAUCGCCGUCGGUGCUCGUCGCAACACAAUGUCGAGGAGCGGCAUUUCGCGGUCCUCGAUCGUCGGCAGUCUUCCUUCCCCGCCUGCCAGCCUGCCGAGCCACAAAUUCGUCUCGCCCGACGGCAAGUCCGACGUCAUUGAUAGUGCAAUUGACGACGAGCUGAACGACAUGUCUGGCGAUGAGGGAGAUGCGUCUUUCCAAAAGGCUCGGCACCAACAGGUUCAGUUGCUGGAGGCUGCGUCUGUUCUGGUUGCCAUGAACAACAACCCCGACGCCGCUGCCACUCCACCGGACUCGGCCAAGGACUUUGCCAGUGACCAAGACUCUGCGUCGCCUGCAGCUUCCGGCGGCUCAUCUGACAUGGCAGACGGCCACAGCUCCGCCGAUACCACCCCACCACCUCAAUCUGAUGCCAUGCGCACGACGAACUUGUCGUACCGGACAUUGAACAAGAGGUACAGCAGCGGCAGUGGCUUCUCUCGUUCAUAUCAGUCAGCCCCGUUCAACAACCCUUUUGCUGGAAGCAUGCCGAACGCCUCAUCAUUUGGCCAUUACCGCCAGCAUAGCCAGGAUCAGCGGCCCCCAUCCUCGGGCAUGAACACCACUGGUCAGGACGAUCGUGAAUUGGCCGCAGCAGUUGAACUGCUGAGCUGCAGUUUCGGUAGCAACAGCGGCUCUCGGACUGUCCACCUGCCUUCCGACGCACCGCCCGUUCCACCACUGCCUGCUCAAUAUCUUGACCAGGCCGCUCUGAGCGGCACGAGCUUUAUCAAUAGCUACCCCAGCCGUGCUCCAGAGAGCUUCACCCGUGGCGAACGCCUCCGGGAUGACAUCAAGAUGGAAGAUAGCGGCGACAGCGUCAUGGAUGACGACGAUGACGAUCUGCGAUCCCGCGCUCGAAGCGACGAGGACGACGAUGGAGUGUUCGGACGCAUGGAGGAGUAG